AUGUAAAGAUUUAACAAGUACAUAAGAAGUCUUCGUGAGGAAAUAGUUGAAGAUAAAUUAUCUUAAAAAUAAUAUAGAUUGUUGAAAUUUCAAAAAUUAAUAGGAAUAAUAAUUAUUUCAACUUUUGGUAUAACAAGUGUAAUAAUAUGAUUAUUAAAUCUUCAGUUAGCAUUUUAUAAUUUAAGUGGAAAGAUAGAGAAAUAAAAAUAAGAAAGUUUUGAUGAUAGUAAUAAUGAAGAUGUUCUUUAAGAAGCAAAACUUUUGCUUAAUAGAACAUAACAAUAAUCCAGCAUUAAAAAAUGA